CUGGAUACUCGACAGACAUCAAAUGAUGUCCCAUCUGCGCCUUUUUCUUCUAUGGCUCUUCGCUCCUCUUUUUCUUUGUGAUGGAGAAGAGCAGGUGGCGAUCUCCCAAGUGCCCCGCUGGGUGAUGAGGCAGCUUGGGGGCAUGGUCAAAAUGGACUGCUACCAGACUACCACAGAUGACAGCUGGAUGUUCUGGUAUCAGCAGAAGGUCGCAGAGCAGAAGAUGGAACCCAUUGGCAUCCUGAUUAAAGGGAAUGCGGAGGCCACUAUAGAAGAGAGAUUUAGAGAUGGAAGAUUCGAGAUAGGGCGGGACAAGGAUGACAAGCACUGCUCAUUGCAAAUAAACAAACUGGGACCUGCAGAUGCUGCCUUGUACUUCUGUGCCUCUGCCACAGUGCAGCAAACCUUCAGCAGCUCCCCACAAAAACAGCAUUUAACCAGCAAUAACUUCUGUGGGAAAUUUAUUCUUGUAACUCUGUUUAAUGCUGUGUCAGGCGGCAAACUGAAUUUUGGCAAAGGAACCAGACUGACGGUGCUAGAAACAGGACAAGUUACCAGACCCCCACGUGUGACCAUAUUUGCCCCAGCCAGCCAGGAGCUCCAAGAAAAGCAGAAGGCCACAAUUGUGUGUUUAGCCACUGAUUUCUUCCCAGAUCAUGUCACUCUGAGCUGGGCUGUGAAUGAUGAGGAGAGAACAGCGGGAGUAAAGACGGAGGAGCCCGUGCUUGACAGCGACACAAAGACAUACUCGCUGAUCAGUCGUUUAAGAAUCACCCAAAAUGAGUGGCAUAAUUCAGAUAAUACGUUCCUGUGCAGAGUCGAGUUCUACAAUGAGACUGGGCCCUCAGACUAUGAUGAUGGCAUAUAUGGAGUAGAUUGUGAUGGCAGUGACAUCACAAAAGUUUUAGAACCAUAUCUCAGAGAAGCCAAUAUUGGAAAACUGGUGUAUAUUAUUCUCAUUUUCAAGAGUACCUUAUAUGGAAUGUUUGUGAUGGGCUUGAAGCUAAGAAGAAAGUACUCAAUUGCAGUUGGAUGUGUGAACUAGCUUUAUGAGCUGGCGCCGUAGAAGCCUUUUGGCUGGGAACACCUCUCCUGAGUGAGUGAAUUCCAUGAAGAGAGAGGAAAGGAUGGAUACUCUCACUCUCAGAAGUAGCAUUUUGGAGCUUUCUUAAAAUAAAAACAAUUGCUUUGAGUCAGUUGGUAAAUAAUCUCUCUUUGAUUCUUUUAAAUGCGUUCUUUUAGUAAAACCACAGCACUUUGUUAUGGGGAUUUCCUGUGUUUAUUGCAACCUUAAGAUACUAUUAAUUUUCAAAAAGAGAGAUGAGCAGCACAACUUUAUGCUUUACCCCAAGUGUGGGGGGACCAUUGGCUCUCCAGAUGUUGCUGAACUACAUCUUCCGUCAGCUCCAGCAAGCAUGGACAAUGGCCAGGGAUGAUGGGAAUUGUAGUUUAGCAACAUCUGGAGGGCCAAAAGUUUCCCACACCUGCAUUAUUCCUGUGUUGGGGUAGCCAAACUGGUGCCCUCCAUACAGUAUGUUGUUGGAUUCCAACUCCUUUUAGCCCCAGGCAGCAUGGGCAAUGAUGGGAGUUGUAGUCCACAUCAUCUCGAGUGCACCAGGUUGGAUUUAAUAAUUUAUUUAAUAAAAUAAAUUAAAAUAAUAAAUAAUAAAUAAAUAAAUAAGAUUCAGUGAGACGUCUUGCCAAUCUCAUAUAAAUAUGCAUAGGAUUGCUUGCAGCCUUUUAAAUGUGCUUAAUUCUUCCACUAAAGUCAAUGAUGUUUAGAGUGCUUAACUUUGUUGUACCCUGACAUUUUUCUUUGAUUCUCUGCCAUGGCCUCAUUUUAGUAAA